UUGUCCUGGCUCCCCUCCACUCCUCACACUCUCUUUGCCGGCAACAAAGAAGACACAUCCAUGAGUGAUCGAUGUUUUCUUUUUUAAACAUUCUUUUGUGACAUUUUAAAUUUUGUUUUGUAUUUUAAAGCAGCUUGUCGUACGAAUGGACUUUUAAUACCUCAGAUUAGUAACUAAUGUUGUCCAGGCUAACAAUGUUAGAGCCCAAUGACUGAAGAGCGAUACUUUCACUCGUCUCAACCAUCCUGGUUUCGCAGAGGCACUGUUGUUUGAGUCCUUGAGCUGCAGGGAUAAGGAGUGGACCUCUUGAUGGUGUGGAUGACUUUUUCAGGAGGACACUCAGAGCCUGGCCUCUGACUGGAACCACGUCAUCAGAGAAGACAUCCUCCCCAAUCAAUCAUGUCCCAGGAAGCAUCUCAGCAGUCCGCAUCCCAGUCAGCUGAGGUCAAACCUCGUCCGGACAUCCCCCCGAAACCGACAGAACGAACCGCCUCGCUUCCACCGUGUGAUGAGAGCGAGCGCUCUUCCAGCCCCUCCAGUGUGAAUGUGAAGAGGAUCGUAAACAAGUUCACCAAAAGCAGCGUUGCGCUGGACAAAAGCGCAGAGAGCGUGGAGCCAGUGCCACGGAUACCCAUGAGAAAGCAGCCCGUGAUUAAACCAACCAUGAUAAAACCAAAACCCGUCGCUGGCGGGCCGCCUCCACUGCCAAAGAAGAGAACCCGCCUGCCGCACGUGAAGAGCACCGAGUCAGAGGACGCCGACAGCAACUGCAGUGAAGGAAGUCGAUCAGAGCCUGACGGGAAAGAGGUGGAGGCUCAGCCAGCCGGGAAAGCAGCGGGCGAGGAUGGUCCAGACGACACUCCUGGCUCUUGCUGCGACCCAAGCUGCAGCUGCGUGUGCCACCUCCAGCGACCCGGCAUGAAGCUUGUGUGGGUGCCAGUGAAAGGGGAGGACGACAGAGUGGGUGCGGAGGAGCAAAGCAGCAUCUCAGAGGAGGAGGAGGAGGAGCAAUGGAAGGAUGACGAGAACCAUGUGGAGGUGGAAGAGAAGUGCAAUGAGGAAGGAGUUGAGGACGAGGCAGUCGAGAGCGGGGAGACAAAGAUAGAAAAGACAAAGUUCCACAACUCGUUGGAUGUUAUAAUCGGCGAGCAUUACAAAAAAUGCUCAGAACCUGGACCGUUUGUUUCCACAAAACAGAAUCAGCUCGUGCCAGUCAACCACAAAGCCCCCCAAGAAGAAGAAGAAGAAAAAGAAGGUAUUUAUGAGUCGGUCAUCUGUACGGUUGAUCCUGGUCAGAAUAAGAAAGCCACACAUGAGGUGGAUGGUCCUCAAGUCAACGUGCCCUUACCAGCUCGCCGCUCUAAGCCUCCAGAGAUCCAGAUGGAUAGCGCUUCAGGGUCAGGGGGAGAUGAUGUGCCACCUGCCAUCCCGCCCCGCAUACCCAUCCCUCAGGACUUUCGUUGCCUCGUGCCCCAGGUUUCAGUGGAAGAGUGGGGCUUAUUGAGACCCUCACCCCCCAGCAGCAAUGGCAGCACUCCACAGCACACCAGCCCCCUUUUGCCUCACAGAACCCCAGUGCUGCUUCCAAAGACAGAUCUGAGCAAGGGCAGCAGUCACACAGGUGCACAGAAAAAUGAAGGAGACGAUGAAGGAGGGAAGGAGGAGCCGACGGAAGAAGUGCAUCCCAUCCAGACGGAGGUUUCCAACAGCUGGAAGUCCCGCCUGCAAAAUGAGCCUCUAUACCAGACGUACCGGGCCACCGUCAUCACCAAGGAGAUCCGCCGGCAGACAGUUUGCCGGAACAUCAGCCAGACGAGCGCCGACUACGUCAUGGACUUGCCGAGCCGCCGCAACGCCAAAACCAGCCCGAUGCCUGCGCCACGCCAGAGCACCCUGUGGCGGGAGGUCCCAGCGGUGCAGGAAAGUGGCGUCCUGGAGCAGCUUACAGCCGAACAGUGCAAGUACCAGGAGAGUAUGUUUGAGGUUUUGACAUCGGAGACCUCCUACCUUCGGUCGCUGCACGUGCUAACGGAACACUUCCUGGAAAAUCGGGAGCUAGAGGAGACGCUGGUCCUCAUGGACAAGAAAACCCUCUUUUCCAACAUCCUGAGGGUCCGUGAGGUCAGUGAGAGAUUCUUGAAGGACCUGGAGGACCGCAUCUUUGAGACCAUCGUGUUCUCCGACAUCUGCGACAUCAUCCACUACCACGCCCAGCACAACUUCCCCGCGUACAUUGACUACGUGCGCAACCAGAUCUACCAGGAGAAGACCUACACGAGACUCAUGAACAACAAGCCGUUUGCCACCAUCAUCAAUCGCCUCCAAGAAUCGCCUCAGUGCCAGCGGCUGCCGUUCACGUCCUUCCUGCUGCUGCCUUUCCAGCGGAUCACGCGCAUCAAAAUGCUCAUUGAGAACAUCCUGAAAAGGACACAAGAGGGGACCAAAGAGGAGCGGAUGGCCUCCAAGGCUUUGACCUCUGUUUCAAAGAUCAUUGACGAGUGCAACACAGAGGUGGGGAAGAUGAAACAGAUGGAGGAGUUGAUCCUCAUCUCUAAAACUCUGGAGUUUGACAAGCUCAAGGCCAUUCCCAUCAUCUCCCAGACGCGAUUCCUGGAGAAGAAGGGAGAGCUCCAGGAAAUGUCACGAGGAGGAACCGUCUUCAACAUGAGAGUCAAGUUCAAUCCCAUCUACCUCUUUCUCUUUAACGACCUGCUCGUCAUUACGGCCAACACGGUCAAGAGGGGUGCCGAGCGCUUUGUGGUGUUGGACUAUGCCCAUCGCUCUCUGGUGCAGGUGCAGCCUCUGGAGGAGGACAGGAGCAGCGGGCCCUAUGAGAACUGCUUCACCCUCACCCUGCUGGAGAACCACCAUGGCCGCUUGAUGGAGCGCCUCAUCAAAGCCCCCUCCCAGCCAGACAUGCACAGGUGGAUGGCGGCCUUCCCAAGCAAGGAGGAAGAUGAUGUGGUCUAUGACGUCUGGGACUGUCCUCAGGUGCAGUGUGUGGAGCAGUACGUGGCCCAGCAGGCCGACGAGCUCAGCCUGGAGCCCACUGAGAUCGUCAACGUCAUCCGCAAAACCAACGAGGGCUGGUUCGAGGGGAUCCGCCUGUCAGACGGCCAGAAGGGUUGGUUCCCCGAUAACCACAUCAUUGAGAUCACCAAUGAACACGUGAGGCGGCGCAACCUGAAGGAGCGCUACAGAGUCAUUCAGGCGGCCAGCCUGGUGACCAACGGCAGAAGCCGUAACUUGAUCUAGGACCUUUUAGGUUGACUUUUACAUCGCCCACUUACAAUGAUUAGUGAUGACACAAUGGACACGAUCAUCACCUCUAAACUUGAACUGGACUAUUUCAAGGAGGUGCUGUAAAGAGAACAUCCUUUAAUGUGUGUGUGAUCGUGUGGCUGUCGUAGCAAUCGCAUUGUAAACAAUUCAAACACACAAGAACAAAAGCAGCACAAACAGUAGCACCCAACAAAAAAUUCUUCCUGUCAUGUUUGGAAGCGAAAAAAACAAAUCUAAAGCUCUAACUGGUCAUAUUAGCCACCUUGCUAGAUGAGCUUUGUGAAGGAUUAUUUGUGUAAAUCCACAACAUGCUGCUAGAAGGUUUACAACACACACACACACAAUAAAAGUAACUAGCGAGUCA